UGCUUUAAGCCAGACCUUUCUCUGUCCUGAGCUGCACUCUUGGAAGAUCCAGAUACCACUAUGAGUAACUUCGGGGAGAUCCUGAAGGAGAUUGGAGGGUUUGGUUUGUUUCAGAAGCGUUUGGUGGCUCUAUUAUGCAUCCCCACCUUGUUUACAGCUGAUGUGAUGCUUCAGCUGUUUACGGGCCUGAGCUUCCCACAUCACUGUAACACCGACUGGAUCUUGGAGCGUGGGCCAAACCUGACAGAUGAGAGACAGAAAAAUCUCACCCUCCCUGUGAACAAGGUUGGGAAGUAUGAAAGCUGUGAAAUGUUCACACCUGUGGAUUUGAAUUUGGAAACAAUCGAAGCAUAUGGGAUUAACGCUACAACUGAAUGCAUAAAUGGAUCAGUUUUUGAGGCACGCAAAGGUGCUUCCAGCAUUGUUACAGAGUUCAACCUGGUUUGUGACAGAAGCAGUUGGGUUGAGGCGUCCCAGUCCAUCUACAUGUCCGGUCUUCUGCUUGGAGCGCUGGUGUUUGGGCAGAUGGCCGACAGGUUCGGUCGACGCUUUGUGGUGCUGCUUUCACUCCUUCUCCUACUGGUGUUUGGUGUCAGUGUUGGUUUCUCACCCAACAUCUAUGUUUACAUUGUUCUCAAAUUUUUUGGUGGCAUCUCCAUUUCAGGCAUUCUUGUUACUUCAUUUGUGAUAGGUGGAGAGUGGAGUGAUUCCUCCAAGUUUGCUUCAUGCACCAUUUUCUGCCACUCUUCUUACCCCCUUGGACUGAUCCUGUUGUCUGGCAUUGCCUAUUUGAUCCCCAACUGGAGGAUCCUGCAGCUGGUGGUCUUCAGCCCUCUUGUUGUUGUCCUGGGUAUCAUUUACUGGAUUCUUCCAGAGUCAGCUCGCUGGCUCAUCACCCAGGGCAGGAAGAAGGAAGCCAUAAAGGAGAUUCGGAGGGCUGCCAAGGUGAACGGAAGGAAGGUCCCGGAAGAUCUGCUAGACAAGCUGGAUGAUGAGGGUCCAUCCAAAAGAGGAAGCAUGUUGGACAUCUUCAGGAUAUCGUAUCUGAGAAAACGUGCACUCAUUAUGAGCUACGUGUGGUUUGGAACAAGCCUGAUGUACUACGGACUGAGCCUGAAUGCAGGCAACUUCGGUCUGGAUAUCUACCUCACACAGUUCGUCUUUGCUUUCGUAGAAUUUCCUGCACGUCUGGGCAGUUUGCCUCUUAUUCAGCACUUUGGGAGGAAAGUAUGUCUAGCAGGGGUCCUGAUGUUUGGAGGUGCAGCUUGUCUUGGGAUAAUUGUCAUUCCAAAAGACCUUCCUGUGGUGGUAACCAUCAUAGCAGUAAUUGGAAAAUUUGCAGCCACUGCCAGUUUCUCCAUUAUCUAUGUUUAUUCUGCAGAACUAUACCCUACCAUUCUUAGGCAGAAUGGUGUAGGUCUAAACUCCGUGUGUGCUCGUGUGGGGGGCGUCAUCGCUCCGUUGAUCAGACUCCUGGGUGUCUACCAUUACUCCAUUCCAAUGCUGAUUUACGGCAUCGUGCCCAUUGUUGCUGGGGGUAUAUGUUUACUGCUGCCCGAAACCCUCAAUGUUGAACUCCAGGACCACGCUGAAGUCCUAAAACCUGAGAAUGGACCUCAGAUGCGAUCCUUCAAUGAAGAGGAAAAAUCAGAAAAGAGCACAAAAAUGUAAUUUAUAUGGACCUUUUAUAAUAUAAUUUUUUUCACACCGUAAAUAUAUAGUUUGCCUGCUCUCAACUGAUAACUGGUAACAAGGACGUAUCAGAAUGCAGUUAGCUAAAUGCCAAGCAUCAAUUGAAUCAUGUCGAACAUGAUAUCAUUUUUAGUUGUUACAAUCGAUGAACAAAGUUUUACCACUGCAAAAAUUAUAUACAGUUUGAUAACUGGAUUUUGUAAAUAUAUUAAAUGAUGCCUUUAUAUUUGAUAAUACACUUAUUUGUUGUUGAAUAAUGAACAGUAUGUGUGUUGAUAUUGCCUCGGUAUGCAUUUUUAUUGCAACAACUGUUUUGUGAAAGAAAUAAGUCUAACACAACUUGAUGAAGCUGGUUUUUAAUUAUUACGUGUAUAGAUUGUCCAGUACUUCAAAUUUAUAAUAAUCUCAACAAAUUACCUAAUUAUAAAAUUUAGGGAAAAGGAGUUUCAAAUAAUAUUGAUUUUUGUCUUAAUUUUUACCAUUGCCAAAUUUUCCUGCUCUAAUUUUUACUCAGGAUACUGGCCUGAGGUGUUUUUGCAAAUUUGAUUAUAUGUUGACAUUGUUGUAAAGUAUAAAAGUGUGUCUGUUUGGAAUAAAAAAAAAAGACUUAAGUGCAUUUUUGUUUAUGUGG